UUUGAAUCCCAAACAAAAUGGCCGGAGUAGUUCCUUCAACUCCUCCGAACUCUUCGUGUUUUCCGGAGUCUCAGAUCACACAGAGUACUCCCGUGAGGGCAGGCGCCAAGGUACCGCCUGGGCACAUCAUCGUGAGCGAGAAAUGGAGAGGUUCUGCUCUUGUAAAAGGGCUACAGGGAAAAGUCCAGCUUGUUGUGGAGGAUGGACUGGGAGUGGUGGACUUCCACACAGGAGACAGGACAGCCGUGGUGUACGUCACGGAAGUGGACCUGGUCGAAGGCAACGCUUUCAAGAAGAAAAUCGUCAAGCUGAGACGCGUGGAGUAUAUCCGAGGAGUUAUCCUGGUGGACAGGACCUCCAUGACAGACCAGUACUUCCCUGCAGUCCAGAGGUUUGUGGUGCUGGAACUGGGCAUGAAGCUUGUACCUGUCUGCUCACAGUCUGAGGCAGCACAGGUGCUCAUUGCCAUGGUAAACGAAGACAGCAGACACACCGGGAACCCCUUCCUGAGGAAGAAAAAAGCUCCCCCUGUCGAGAUGGCCAUUUACAGAGUACUGCAGUGUUUCCCACGGUUAGGAGGUGUCAAAGCUAAACAGCUGCUUGCAAAGUUUAAAAGUUUACACGGGAUAUGUCAGGCUUCAGAACAACCGGAACAGCUAGGACAGGCGCACCAAACGUGGACACAAAUCUGGCUGACGGCGCAAGGUCUGAACCAGCUGCAUCUCAACGGUAACUCCAACACCAACCUGGAUUCCAACGCUCCAGUCACCCCGCCUCCUCCUCCUAGGAACGAUGGGGGACAACAGCAACAAAAUUCCGCUCAGGAGUAUAUUCCAUUGGACUCAAACAGGGCCCCGAGGCCGCCCCUACCGAACAGUGCAAAGAGAAAAAGAGACAACCGAGCAAGCACUUAUAACUGUGAACCUGAGGGGGGCACUCCAUGGAAAACACGGCAUUAUGCUGAGGGAGUGAUCGGAUUACAUGAGGAAAUACUGGACUUUUACAAGUACAUGUCCCCUAGGAUGGAAGAGUUCGCCAUGAGGAAUGAAGUUGUUCAGAGGAUAACCAAUAUCAUUAGAAGUAUUUGGCCAAGAGCGAAGGUUGAGAUUUUUGGCAGCUUUGAAACUGGGCUGUACCUCCCUACCAGUGACAUAGACCUGGUGGUGUUUGGCAGCUGGGAGGCACUGCCCCUUUUUAGGCUAGAGAAGGAGCUCCGGCAUAGCAACAUUGCAGAUCCAGACAGUAUCAAGGUGUUGGACAAGGCAACGGUCCCUAUUGUGAAGUUGACUGACAGAAAAACAGACGUGAAAGUGGACAUAAGCUUCAACAUGCCGAACGGAGUCAAGAGUGCCAAACUUAUCAAGAAAUUCAUGCAGGACUACCCCACGCUGAAGUACCUGGUGCUGGUGCUGAAACAGUUCCUGCUGCAGCGGGACCUGAACGAGGUCUUCACCGGAGGCAUCAGCUCCUACAGCCUCAUCCUCAUGACCGUUAGCUUUCUACAGCUCCACCCCAGGUACGAUGCCACCUCUCCCAGUGCCAACCUCGGAGUUCUGCUGAUCGAGUUUUUCGAGUUGUACGGUCGAAACUUCAACUACCUUCAGACUGGCAUCAGGAUCAAGGAUGGGGGAGCCUACAUAACCAAAGAGGAGAUGCAGGUGAACAUGGAUAACGGGUACCGCCCCUCCAUGCUGUGUAUCGAGGACCCUCUCAACCAGGGCAACGACAUCGGGCGGAGCUCGUACGGCGCCAUGCAGGUCAAGGCAGCUUUCGACUACGCCUACAUCACACUGUCCCGCGCAGUAUCGUCCAAUAAGCAGUACUAUGCGUCCAAUAAUUUCAGCAUCCUGGGCAGGAUAGUGAAGGUGACGGAGGAAGUUGUGGAGUACCGGCAGUGGAUCCAGCAGAACUGGUCUCAGACCAUCCCGCCCAACCCGCUGCUCACCCAGCCCACCUACGCCAGCGUGGCCAGGAUGCCCCACGUACACAACAUGCAGCACCAGAUACACAUGCAGAACCAGGCCAACCACAGUAACCAGCUGCAGACACAGGCCCUGACGCCCCACAGCGCGGCGGGGUCAGCGGACUCGGCCGGGUCGGAGGCCAUGAUGGUAUCGGACGGGGAGAUGUCCAGCCACUCGGCCAGCUCCAGCCAGGCCUCCUCGCCCGCAUCCUCCAUCUCCGCGAGCGCGUCGUCAUCGCCGUCCAACAGCGACACCGAUUCCAGCUCAGAGUCAUCAUCAUCGUCAUCGUUAUCCCCCCACGGCGUCACCGGCAUUCCCGACAAGACUGGAACGCCGUCCCCGAAACCGGGUGCAACUCCUGCCCUGGCGGCGAACGAUAGCAACGCCCAGACGAUACCGGCCACGGCAACGAGAACAACCGCGCCCGCUGUCAUCACCACCGCCCCAAAAGAGACUUCUUCUUACCCUUCUUCUUCCAACGUUGAGUUGACGGCAGCUGCCGCGCCCACAACAACGGCCGUUCACGUGGCAACAACGAGAAGCGUCACGCCCACCGCCGCCGCGACAAGAACUGCUGACGUACCGCCGGUAGAGACCCCCGUGUGCCCCCCCACCCCAGCCCCUGCCCCUGCCCCCGCCCCCACCACAACUGUUGCCGCCCCGGUGAGACAAAACACUGUGUCCACAAGCACGGCUGGCAACUCCAAUAACAGCAGUCGACCCAACACUCCCAACAGAGGGCCUCGGGCACAGAGGGUUAACAGUUCAUCUCACAGCGGAGAGGAUACAAGAAGACAGCACAUGGGUCAGUCUAGAGUGUGGCACCACUCGCACAACCAGGGCCGCACGCAGUACAAGCAGUCUCCCCCCCACCCCAACAACAAGAACUUCCGUAACGCCUCCAACAAGAAGAGAAGACGCCCCCAACAACAACAACAACAACAACAACCCCAGCACCAACAGGCCAGAGACAGCUCCAGCAAUAGCAACAACAACAGCAGCCACGGCACAUCCAGAUAGGGCUCAGUGUGCUGCAGCAACACCUUUGUGGGGUUGUUGCGCCAGUGUUAGUAUGAACACCCUCAGCACACUUCUCCCUGGACUCGCAGCUUUAGGAGAAAGCCGGAGCCGGACUGGCUUGUGCUCGGUAAAU